AUGAACACGCCCAUAUCGCCCUCUUCCACACAAUCGCCUCCCGACGUCGCUAUGGCAGCCGACGCCGCUGCCACCUCCGCCUCCGCCCCACACAACGCCGCUGCCGCCGCCGCCGCCGCAGUUCCUCCGACCGAUAAUUCUAAUUGCGAUGGCCAGAAGCCUAGCUGUAGCACCUGCACGAGGCUGGGACAUGAUUGCGCCUACGAUGAAGUGCGGAGGAAAAGCGGCCCCAAGAGGGGGUACGUCAAGGCAUUGGAGGAGCGGUUGAAACAAGUCGAGACUCUCUUGAAAACACAAGACCUCCCAGCGACCACCGCAACCUCCUCAGCGCCCAGCAUACCUGUGAUAUCCCCUCAAGGCCGGUCCGGCUCACAGACCGACCAGGGAGCCACAGCCUCGGCGGCGGCGACUGCCAACAUGAAGAUCAACGACCCUGCCAUAAGCAUAGCCAAGAGUCAAGAUGUAGACCGUUGGAAUUUCACAUCAGAAUCGCCGCCUCAGCCGGGUUCUAUAGACGAUUUCAACUUCAACAGCAGAUUGGCCGUAAACAUGGGUGAUAAUGAUUCUAACUUCACCUGGGAGAUGAUCGGGCUGGGGCUUGAAGAGCCCCUGCCACCACAAGAUACGAUCGAUGAGCUGCAUCAAAUAUACUUUGAAAAGAUACAUCCGUCCAUGCCCAUGAUACAUAAGUAUCGGUAUCUUGCCGCAAUGAACCUGGCUCCCAGCAAUAGGCCACCCGUGUGCUUGCGUUAUGCUAUUUGGACUCUGGCCUGCUCAGUAGCAGACAAGUAUGCCGAUCUCAAGGACCUCUUUUACCAGCGUUCCCGCAAGUAUAUUGAGGCCGAUUAUAUGAAGGGCUUUGGGGAGCAUAUUAUAUGUGUGGCACACACACAAACACAUACAUUGCUUGCUUCAUACGAGCUCAAAAUGAUGUAUUUUCCAAGGGCAUGGAUGAGCACCGGUGCCGCGGUGCGGCUGUCGCAGAUGAUUGGUCUGCACAGACUUGAUGGGGCAGGGCUCGACGUCAAGCAAUGCCUGCCGCCGCCACGGGACUGGACAGAACGGGAAGAAAGGCGCCGGACAUUUUGGGUGGCCUUUACUCAGGAUCGAUAUGCUAGCAUCGGGACCGGCUGGCCCAUGACUAUUGACGAGAAGGACAUCUUGACCAAUCUGCCGGCCUCAGAUGAAGCGUUCGACAUGAGCCGGCCAGAGCAGUCCAUGACCCUAACGGAAGCAAUGAGUCCCUCAGGGGCGGCUAAACUGAAUUCAUUUGGCGGCAUCAUUCUAAUGGCCUCACUAUUCGGCCGCAAUCUCACUCACCUUCACCGACCCGACGAGGAAGACAACGAUCAUGAUUUGAACGGGGAGUUCUGGAAAAGGCACCGGGCAAUGGAUAACAUUCUACUCAACACGUCAUUGUGUCUUCCACCGCACCUGAAGCUCCCACUAGGGUUGCAGAACCCGAACGUGGUGUACACAAACAUGUGUAUACAUACCUCUACGAUCUGCCUGCACCAAGCUGCCAUUUUCAAGUCUGAAAAGAAUCGACUACCGCCAUCAGUUAGUGCCGAAAGCAAAGUCCGCUGCAUUACAGCCGCCAACGAAAUAGCGAGCAUCAUGCGGAUGGUUUCACAUUUGGACUUGUCUGCGAUGAACCCUUUUCUUUCCUUCUGUCUAUACGUCUCCUCGCGGGUGUUUGUGCAAUACUUGAAGAGCCGUCCGGACGAUAGCCAAUCAUCAGACUCGUUACGCUUUUUAUUAGCGGCAAUGAAUGCACUGAAACGAAAGAACCCGUUGACAGAAUCGUUUCUGGUACAGCUGGACGUGGAUUUGGAAGCUUUGACGGCGCGGAUACCGAAGCUCAAGGGCAAAUUUACGCGGAGUGCUGAGAGUACCACGUCGGGAAGCCAGCCUCUGAAUAAAUUCCGACAUGGGGCCACAUGCGAAGAAGGCCCCGCAGACCACGGAAUCCUCGCGUAUAAAAAUGAUUGCUUCGUCUUCAAGGCCGGUCUGGACGACACGAGCAACCCGGCUGAAAGACCGGAUCUUGUCGACGACGAACCAGGCCGAGACCGCCUGUGGAUGACGACGGCCGACGUCCAUAUCAUGCAGCCGCCGCGGGCCCGGGAGAGCUGUCAGAGCAAUUCGAGCACCAGCGGGCACGUACCGGUCAUCAGUCUGACGCCGAACUCGCCGCGGCUGUACAAUGCCAGCAACGGGUCCAGCAUGUCCUUUGGGCAAGGCGACGAGCAGGAGAACUCACCUAACCAGGGAUCGAAUCAUCAAACGCCAAACUCGGGUGGCACGCCGAGCGAGCAACACCAUCAGCAGUCGCAGCGGCAAAGAGCGGGGAGCUUUGCGCCGGCAAGCCAGGGAUCUUACGAUGCGAGCCCUAUCAUGGCGGAUCAGGCAGCGCCGCCGGGAUUUUUUGGUACGCCGACGCACAACUUUUCGGCGCUGGCGGCGGGAAUAUCUAUAGGGGGCGCCGGCAGUGGGCCGGAGGGGUUUGGAGUGUCUUCUGGCUGGGGCAUGCCAGCGACAACAGGACGACAUCCACAUCAGCAGCAGCAGCAACAGCAACAACAACAGGAACAGCAGCAGCAGCACGCAGGAAUGCCCAUCUCGGAUAGAGUUUUGCGGAAUUUGGUGCAGAUGGCUCCCAUGGAAACAAUGGAUUUUGGGUGGGAUGCAAAUUCUUCGACAUUGUGA